AUGUCAACUUCAACUNAACAAGCAAUUUGUUUUACAGAAGAAUUACGUAAUUUAUUUAUUUUAAUGUUAAAAUCACCACGUUGUUCAAUAAAUCCGGAUCGCGCAAUAAAAAAAUUUAAAAAUACACGAAAAUUAUGUGGAGUUGAUUUUUCACAUGAAGAUUGUUCAGAAUUUGCUACACAUUUAAUUGAUCUUGCUGAACUUGCAUAUGAAACAGUUGGAAAAAAUUUAAUGAAUAUAGAUAAUACAACAAUAUCAGCACAUUUUAUUAAUCCUAUUAAUACAUUUGUUACAGGAGAAGUUAUUGUUGAAAGAAAUGAAAAUAAUUCAAUUCGUGAAGCAUUAAGACAAAUAAAUAUUCAAAUGAUUGAUUCAAGUAAUCUUUAUGAUGGUCUUGAAACUCUUUGGCUUGGUUCUGCAGAUGAAAGUCUUUCUAGUCAACAAGCUAUUGUUGAACAACGAUGGCUUACACGUUUACCACCUGUUUUAUUUUUUUGUCUUAAUCGUUAUCGAUUUUCACAAACAACAAAACAAGCAUCUAAAAUAAUCGCACCGUUUGAAUUUUAUCCAGAGCUUUAUCUUGAUCGUUAUAUGUUAACUAAUAAAAAUCUUAUUUUAAGUAAACGAAAUAUUGCUCGAACACUUUAUACUCAAUUACAUGAGUUAGAAAAUACAUUGAACAGUUAUUUAAAAUAUCCAUGUAAUAAUGAAUCAUUUUCACUUGCAAAUGCUAUUCGAGUGGUUUAUGAAUAUGCAACUGGUUGUCGACUUAAUCCAACAUUACCUAAAAGGAAUGAUUCAGUAUCAUUUGAUCAAACAACAUCAACACGUUCUCGACAACAUCCUGUUAUACCAAUACAAAGAUCACAUUUAUCAAAUGAAGAACUUCAAUUUAUUCAAAAUACAUUACCAACAUGGUUAACAGAAAUUGAAGCUAAAUGCGCACAUAUUCGUGAAGAAAUUCGACGUUUAAAAAGCGAAUUAAAACAAUUAUAUAAUGAACCUCAAUUAAAACAAGCUCUAUAUACGUUACAUGCUGUUUGUGUUCAUGAAGGAAGUGCAACACUUGGACAUUUUUGGACUUAUGUUUAUCAUACAGAUCGACAAAAAUGGUAUCGAUAUAAUGAUAAUGAAGUAACUGAAAGUAAAUGGACUGAUGUAUUCGAAGAUGCUAUCGGUGGUCAACGAACAUGCAAUGAUCGUGAAGUACCACGUGUACCUAGUGCUUAUUUAUUAGUAUAUAUAAAUGCUGAACAAAAAUCAUUAUCAAAUGAUGUAUAUUAUGAAUUAACAGCUGAUCUUCAGCGUGUUUUAAAUGAUGAUUUAACUUUAUUACAACAACAAAUAGAAACUAUUAAACUAGAACAACUUUAUAAUGAUCUUAAAACAAUAUAUGAACGUAUUGAAAAAUCUCAGCCGAUACAUAAAGUUUUAAGUCUUCCAUUUUUUGUUGGACCAAAUGCUUCUUUUGAUUCAGAAAUAGUUAAACCAGUUGUCGAUUCAACAUUACGUGUUUUAAAAAGCUAUGAAACAAAAAUUCUUUCAAUUGAACUUGAUCAUUUACUUCUAGAAAUAAUUGAUAAAGAAAUAAAAAUUUAUUCACCAACAGUUAAUAUUAUAAUAUCAGCAUUACCACAUCAUGAUUAUCGUUUACAGCAUGUUCUUUCAUAUUUAUCAGCAAAUCGUGUUGAUAUGAUUUAUCGACAACGUGUUAUGUAUGAUAUUAUACGUCUUUUACCUAUUUCUAAUGAUGAUAUUCGAUUAAGAUUAUUUAAAUUGCAAGCAACAAUUAUUUGUAAUGACAUGAAGAUGUCAAAUGACGAAGUUCAAGAAUAUCAAAAAAUAUUAUGUGAUUAUAAAGAUUAUCGAUCUGUUAUUGCUGCUUAUCUUGUUGGCUAUCAAUUAAUGCAUGAAAAUAAAUUUGAUGAAGCCAUAACAUAUUUUUGUGUUGCUUGUGAAUUUAAUUUGCGUCUUUCAAAACAAUGUAUGUUACCUAUGAGAGCUAUGGAUAGUUAUCUUUUAUUUAAAACAAGACGAUUAUGUUUUGAAAAAUGGAAUGAUGUUGUCUUACAUCGUUUUAAAACUAUACCUGAUUAUCGUCUUGAUACAAUGAUACAUCAAUUUCUUCCAUGUUUAAUGCAACUUAAACUUAGUUCAGAAGAUGAUCAAGCAUAUAUAACAGAAAUUCAACGUAUUUGGUGUUUAUUACUCGAUAAACUUGAACCUAAUGAACAUUCAAUUUUACUCGAAGAAUUUCUUCAACGUUUACUUGAACACCCAGCUGGUCAACAUUAUCAUUCUGUAUCAAUAAAUAAACAUCAAUUAAUUGAACGAUAUGAAGAAACUGUUCAAGACUUAAUUCAUCGGCAUCCAUCAUUUUUUACUCAUAAAAAUGAACAACCAUCUGCUGUACGAUCAAAUCGCCCAACAAAUGCAAUCGGAUCUGUUCAAAUUCCUAUUGUUAUACGUCAUCAUCAACAACCACAAAAUCUUCAACAACCACAACAUCAACAAUCACAACCUCAACAAUCACAACAUCAUCAUCAUCAACCAUCACAACAACAACAACAACAACAACAACAACAACAACAAAGACCUAUUCAGCAGUAUCGAUCUAAUCAACGUGGAUCAUCACCAAUGCAACAAGGUGAUGAUGAACAAGAAUCAUUACCUCCAUCUUCGUCUUCAUAA